AUGCUGUCUUGCGUCGCGGUGACGGCAGCCCGGGCCGCUGCGGGCGAGACCGCCUUCCCGCAGGACUUCAGCGAGCUGAUCUCCCAGGCGCAGCGGGCGACGAACGCCGCGCUCGAGGACGGCGUCAAGCUGAUAGAGGUGGAGUUUCCGUCGGCGGGGCUCGCGGCGGUGCCGGGGGACGCGGAGGGCGCGAACGAGAUGAGUUACUCGAUGGACUUCCUCCGCAGCUACGUUUCGAUAUUCAACCGCGACGCGGAGACGACGCGGAUCUACUUCCCCGACAAGAGCGAGCUCAAGCUCGCGACCAAGGGCGACGCCGGGAAGGACGUCGAGCCCCGGUUCGGGGACGUCAAGUUCCAGCUCGACUACCUCCAAAACCCUACUGGCCUGCUUGACAUAGGGUUGGAUGUCCGCAAGGUGGACGUGAGCAAGCGCGUGCGGGACGCGGACAGGGUGUUUGUGAUCGGGUACCCGCACUUCCAGGUCCAGGAGAUGCUCGCGGUGUGGGACCUGUACAAGGCCGCGGCGCAGGACUCGGGGCGGCCGAUCAUCGUGUUCAACGGCGAACUCGACCGCAUCCGGCAGCCCUGGUACUAUCCCCCCAUCUUCUACCCGAAGGUCGCGAAGAUGGGCAAGGAGUUCAUUCCGGGGUUCGAGCAGGUGUACUACCUGAAGAACUUCAAGGGCAGCGCGCCCGGGUGUCUGUUCCGGUGCUACCCGGGCCCGUGGCAGGUGAUGGUGCGUGUGUCGCCCGACCCCAGCGACUGCAAGACCGUGUGGACGGGCGACGAGAUGCCCACGCUGAAGGAGGUGCAGAUGAGCAUCCUGCCCAAGGCGACCGGCCGCGGACCGAUGACGCUGUGA